AUGACUCGUGAUGCAAUAGUAACAAAUCCGACUGUUGAAGUGAGAAUGAAAUUGAUAGGGAAGUGUAGCCAAGAUGCCAAAACAUAUAAUUUGUCAACAGUGUCUGAGGUUAUAGCUAUAAUUGUUGGUGAUUUAGAUCCCUCCUUGGAUGGUUAUAGAGAGGAUAUUUCUUUUAAUGUUGAAAAAAAUAUUGAUACAGGAGCAAGGCAUAGUAUUUCUCUUCAUGAAUACCUAUCAUUUCGUAUUCAUGAACGAUUUACUGAGAUUUCCACGUUCCUGUAUGCUAAAAGAUUGUUCCAGCAAUUUUUAGUAGAUGGGUAUACGAUGGUGGAAUCUGGAAGAUUGCUAUAUAUUCGCACGCAUCAGCAGAGCCUACAUUGUGGAUCAUAUAGAGGAUUGUUUGAUGCAUUGACUUGUGGGGAAAUUGAACCUGGAACUCAAGGUCGACGAAUUGUGUUACCUUUUAGCUUUACUGGUGGUGCACGGUAUAUGGUUCAAAAUUAUCAAGAUGCAAUGGCGAUUUGUGCUUGGAUUGGCUAUCCAAAUAUAUUCAUUACAUUUACAUUCAUAUAUACAGUGGAAUUUCAGAAACGUGGGUUGCCACAUGCACACAUACUACUAUUUAUUGAUCGUGUUGAUGUUAUUACCUUCAGUAAUGAUAUCGAUUCCAUUAUUUCAGCCGAGAUUCCAAGUAAGGAUAACGACCUUGAAUAUUACACAGUUGUUGGAGAGUUUAUGAUACACGAUCCAUGUAGUGUUGCAAACAACAAAUCUCCUUGUAUGGUUAAGGGGCGAUGUUCAAAACACUUCCCAAAGAAAUUUAUGGAAUCUUCAGUUGUUGAUUGCAAUGGGUAUCCUAUUUAUAGGUGUAGGGAUGAUGGUCACACAAUCCUCAAAAGUGGUGUUGAGUUGGAUAAUAGGUUUGUUGUACCCCACAACAGAUAUUUAUUACUGAAAUAUAGAGCACACAUUAAUGUUGAGUGGUGUAAUCAAUCUCGGUCGAUCAAAUAUUUGUUUAAAUACGUUAAUAAAGGUAAUGAUCGUGUUACUGCGCAGUUUUAUAAGAGCAGUAAUAGUGAAGAUAUUGGUGAAGUUAUUGAUGAGAUUGGUAUGUAUUAUGAUUGCCGGUAUAUUUCUCCUUGUCAAGCUGUGUGGCGUUUGUUCAGCUAUGACAUCCAGUUCCGUAAUCCAUCAGUUGAACGUUUGAGCUUCCAUCUGCCUAAUGAACAAAGCAUUGUUUUUUAUGAUGACUUAUUUGUUGAAACUGUGCUUGAAAGAACAACAAUUAAGAAUAGUAUGUUUUUAGCAUGGUUUGAAGCUAAUAAGAGAUAUCCCAAAGCUAGGGAAUUGACAUAUAGAGAAAUGCAUAAUUGCUUUGUGUGGAAAAGAAAAGAACGUGAAUGGCAACCAAGACGAAGAGGCUUUGCUAUAGGCCGUAUGUUUUAUGUGCCACCUGGUAUUGGUGAGAUUUUCUAUCGUAGGUGUUUAUUAAAUUUAGUUCGUGGUCCAAUAUCUUUUGAAGAGAUUCACACUAUUGAUGGGAUUCAAUAUUCAAGUUUCCGUGACGCGUGUUAUGCUCGUGGUUUGAUCUGUGAUGAGAAGGAAUAUAUUGAUGCCAUAGUUGAGGCAAGCCAUUGGUCUACUGCUUCUGCUCUCCGACGCUUAUUUGUAACUCUAUUAACGUCUAAUUCCCUGUGCAAGCCUGAAAAGGUCUGGGAUGUUGUUUGGCCGCAUUUGUGUGAUGAUGUAGAGUACAAUCACUGA